AUGCACCCUGCUGAUGGCUUACUACCGCCGUUUCUGGGGGCUCUCCAGGCUUGCGUCUCGGUACUCCUAACUAUGUGCUAUGGAGUUGCCGCGCGACGAAUGAGUCUAAUCCACGAUGCCACCAUUAAUGAUAUGUCUGCAUUAGGUGUGAAGCUCUUCUUGCCGGCUCUAAUUGUCGUAAAUUUAGGCCAGGAGCUUCACAUCGGGACGGCGUUGAAUUAUAUUCCAGUUCUAGCUUGGUCAUUCAUCUACACCAUCGCUUCCAUCGGCCUGUCUCAUGUAUUAGCACGGCUGUUUCGACUACCCCAAUGGGUUGCCCCAGCAUCAACAUUCAACAACACCUCCUCCCUCCCUUUACUGCUCCUCCAAUCUCUCGGCAGCGUGGGUUCAUUGCGACUCAUCCUACGCAACGGCGAAAGCACAGACGAUGCAAUUGAGCGAGCACAGAGCUACUUCCUCGUUUGUGCAGUCGUCAGCAAAACCAUUGCCUACGUUGUCGGUCCACGGAUGCUCCACGACGGCACAGAUGCAGAGGAUCAUCAGAGCUGUGUUGAAGAACAACAACACCUACCUGAAUGCGAGGAUGAACGCUUGACUGAGACGACCUCCCUGCUACCACGGCGCGCACAAACCGCCAAGGCAGCCGUCGGAGUGCGCGUUCGGUCCUGGAGCAGGUGGCUUGUCUCGUUCUUCCCGUCACGGGUGAGAGAAGAGCUCAUGGCGCCAUUUGGAGAUCCAUUUGCCGGUGUAGCGAUAGGCUGUACUCUUGUCGGUGCGUUGUUGGGUCUUGUCCCCGCGCUGCAUAGGCUGUUUUUCUUGGGCGAUGAGGAAGGCGGGUAUCUCCAGGCGUGGUUGACGACGAGCGUGCGCAAUAUUGGACGGCUCUUUACAACCCUGCAAAUAUUCCUAGUUGGGUGUAAACUCGGGGUAACCUUUGAGAGAAUGAUAGCCGGGGGCGAGGCCAGAGGCGAUUCGAGUCGCAUUCCCAUCCGAGCCAUCACGAUUAUCUUUUUAGUACGGUUGGUGGCCUGGCCGGCAGUGAGUAUCUCGUUGAUAUAUGGACUGGCGAAGCAUACGAAGCUUCUGGGCGAUGAUCCUGUUCUCUGGUUUAGCAUGAUGCUGAUGCCGGCCGGGCCGCCAGCACUGGUGAUUUCGGGACUGGCAGAGCUAGCGCAUGCAUCGGAAACGGAGAAAAUGGCUAUUGCGAAGACAUUGACGGUAAUGUAUGCGCUAUCGCCAUUCAUUUGCUUUACGAUCACGGGCGCACUCAAGGCCUCCGAGGCGGUGUUCAAAGAACGACCUUGA